AUGGAGAACACAAAUCUCACAGUGCUGAAUGAAUUCAUUCUGAAAGGCAUCACUGACCUUCCUGAAUUGCAGACUCCACUAUUUGGAUUGCUGCUCAUUAUCUACCUGAUCUCUUCAAUGGGUAAUUUGGGCAUUAUCAUCCUUACAAAGGUGGACUCUAGGCUUCAAACACCCAUGUACUUUUUUCUAAGACAUCUGGCUCUUACUGAUCUUGGAUAUUCUACAGCUGUGGCACCCAAAAUGUUAGUGAAUUUUAUUGCAGAGCAAAAUUCAGUCUCCUAUUAUCUUUGUGCUACACAGCUAGCCUGCUUUCUUCUUUUUAUUACUUGUGAACUUUUUAUUCUCUCUGCUAUGUCCUAUGACCGCUGUGUGGCUAUAUGUAACCCUCUGCUCUACAUGGCUAUCAUGUCACAAAGAACAUGUUGGAUACUAGUGGCAAUCCCAUAUCUCUACAGUGUAUUUGUGUCUCUAAUAGUCACGCUAAGGAUAUUCACUUUAUCCUUUUGUGGCUACAAUGUCAUUAAUCAUUUUUUCUGUGAUUGUAUCCCAUUGAUAUCUUUGCUCUGUUCAAACACACUUGAGAUUGAAUUGAUAAUUAGGUUUUUUGCAACUUUUGAUUUGAUUUCCUCUCUUCUGGUUGUCCUUGUGUCUUACCUGCUCAUCUUCAUAGCCAUUCUGAGGAUAAAAUCUCCUGAGGGAAGGAAAAAGGCUUUUUCAACCUGUGGAGCCCACUUGACUGUGGUAACUGUCUUUUAUGGGACUUUGAUAUUUAUGUAUGUGCAGCCCAAAUCCAGUCAAUCAUUUGAGACCGAUAAAGUGUCUUCCAUAUUUUACACUCUCGUUAUCCCUAUGUUGAAUCCCUUGAUCUAUAGCUUGAGGAAUAAAGAUGUAAAAGAUGGCAUAAAAAGAUCCUGGAAAAAGAUAGUCAAUAUCUUUUCUUAA